UGACUGAUUUCGACACGCAUAAAUCUGGGUAUCAGAAAUUUAGAAGGAGGUAAAGAACACUGCUGGAUAUCAGGAUCUUGUUUAAAACAGGUCUGUUUCAUCGAACCACAUCAUGGGGAUCAAGAUAUUUUUUAUCUUCAGUAAAGCCCUUCACAAAUUAUUAGAGGAAUAAUUGCUAUUAUUUAACAAGUGAAGGUCAGCUUCAUCAUAUGAAAAAUGAGUAAUGAAGACACUGAGGAUCAAACAGAUCUAAGGGAACUGGCAGAUGCAUCAGGAUCAUCACAUGAUUCUGUAAUAACACAACAAUCUAGUUGUUUGCAGAUGAAAAACACUUUUUCCCAAAAGCCUUUCACCUGCCCUCAGUGUGAGAAAAGUUACAGAAGGAAAGGUAUCCUUAGAGAGCACAUAAGAACUCACACCGGAGAGCGUCCAUACUCAUGCCUUCAGUGUGAAAAGAGUUUCAUAAACAAAACUAAUCUAACGGUCCACAUGAGAAUUCACACCGGAGAGAAACCGUACACGUGUCCUCAGUGUGGAAACAGAUUCAGAAACAAAACUCAUCUUGAGGACCACAUGAGAAUUCACACCGGAGAGCGCCCAUACACAUGUCCUCAGUGUGAAAAGAGUUUCACACAACAAAGUAGUCUUAAAACCCACAUGACCAUUCACACUGGAGAACGCUUGCACACAUGUCUUCAGUGUGGAAAGAGUUUCACACAAAAAAAUAGGCUUAAAAUCCACAUGACAAUUCACACAGGAGAGCACCCAUACCCAUGUCUUCAGUGUGGAAAGCGUUUCAGAGAGAAAGGAAACCUAACGCUCCACAUGAGAAUUCACACUGGAGAGCGUCCAUACCCAUGCCUUCAGUGUGGAAAGAGUUUCAGAUACAAAACUAAUCUAACGAUUCACAUGAGAAUGCACACUGGAGAACGCCUAUACCCAUGUCUUAAGUGUAAAAAGAGUUUCAAACAAAAAAAAGGUCUUGAGAACCACAUGAGAAUUCACACUGGAAUUUGUCAGACUGGGGAGCGUUAAAAUCUCUGCGAAACGGAAGUCGUGAUCGACUUUACUUCUGUGUUUCCGAGUGAAACAGAAUAUGACAUGAGAAAUAGCAGGAGCGUGGCUUUUUUUCACUUUGCUUUGAUUGGAUAUGAAAGUCGUUUUUUUUUUUCAGAAAUGGAACUUGCAGCAGACUGACAGUUGGAGGGGCGGAGUAAAUAGAUGCUCCCGUCCAAACUAUUUAGCUGAAACUUCAUCUGAUAAAUUGUGUAUAAUAAACACUGCAGUUUCACUUUAGAGAAUAAAACUUUUUUUAUUUCAUUGGGACUUUAAGGUAGGGCUGCACGAUAAAUCGCAUGUGAACCAUAGCUGGUUCCUUGAUUAGUAAUAAAUCGCCAUCAGCUGCUUUCAGAUGGAGCGGCAUUUACUACACAGAGCCGUAGUUCACUGACAAUAGGGGAAAUAUCGCA